AUGGCCCUGUGCUGGCUGAUUUUGCCCCAUGUCUCCACCCAGGUGGAGAAGAUCCGCAAAGCCAUCACCUGCCUGGAGCCCGAUCUGCAGCGGCUGCCGGACAUCGGCCAGCUGAAGGUGGGCUCUGUGGAAGAGUUCCAGGGCCAGGAGCGGCUGGUGAUCCUCAUCUCCACUGUGCGCAGCUGCAGCACCUACCUGCAGCUGGACCAGACCUUCAGGCUGGGCUUCCUCAAGAACCCCAAGAGGUUUAACGUGGCCAUCACCAGGGCCAAGGCUCUGCUGAUCGUGGUGGGCAACCCGACCGUGCUCAGCAAGGACCAGCACUGGCACAGGUUCCUCAGGUACUGCCAGCAGCAGGGGGGCUACACAGGAUACCCCUUUGAGGACGGGAGCACAGCUGAGGACAGGAUCACUGGCGAGCUCCGCUCGCUGCAGCUCGGUGUUUAGCACCAGGAAAGGCACCUGGGAAGGGAGGAGAAGCCCCGUGAAGCUGCAUCCCUCAGCCUGUCCCUGGCCUGCAGCAGCUCCUGCUCUUCUGUCUCAGUCCUGGGGUGCUCCAUGCAUCCCUGUGGAGAUGGGGCUGAACCCACCAGACCAGAAGUUGUUGCCAGCCUUUGCUGCCAGCCACGAAGCCCACACCAGCUCCAGACUGGGACAACUCUCCCUUUUAAUCAUUUUUUGACAUGGCAAAACAAUUCUCUGUGACUGGUCUGACCAUUCAGUGAAAGGCUUAAGCCUGGAGGCUCUGGCCUGUAAAGAGCUCCCCUGGGUGCACAGGGGAGCUCACUGCUGCUGUGCUGGGUGACUGGGGACGGCAGAGACCUGGCCUGGGACAGGCUGGCUCAGCUCCCCCCUGGGCAGCUGCCUGGCCUGAGAGCUGGCAUGGCUGUGCAGGCCAUUUCUGUUUCCCUGAAAUAAAUGUUUA